GGCUGCACAUCAGAUCUGUGUGUCUGUACAGCAGAAUAAAGUGUGUGUAGAGAGUGUGUGUAGAGUGUGUGUGUUAGUGAGGAGAAUCUGCAUCCCUGAUUAACACCAUGAGCCAUUUACCCCCGGGGCUGAUUGGAGCGUAUAACAGUCUAACAGACAAACACCUCACUGCAUACUUUAACAAUGCGCGAAUACGGAGACAUCUGCAGAGAGUCGGACUGAUCAGCAGGAGCGGGCGUAUCGUGUCGGAGAAGGAGUUCAGGUAUAAGAUCAUACACAGAGAUCAACAGCGACACGUACGGGAAUGUCUUGCUCAGGCCAUAUUCCACAGAGUGCUGGACAUGGAGCGUCUGCAUCAAACAGAGAUCAGGAGGAAACUGGAGGAAUUUGCCAGGAGAGAGCGAGUGAAUAAAAUGAAGGUGGAGCGCUGUAACAGGUACGAGGACGAUCCGAUCAUCUUCUUCUCUCCACGCCCACCAACCCAACUGAGGAAUUCACACGCUCAGCAUUCUGGGCCGGAGAGAGAGCCAUCUGACUCCAGCGACUCGCGUGGCUCGUCAAGGCCGAACACCGCUCCAGAGAAAACUCAGCGCCCGGUUCGUCUGAAGCCUCUGAACAGUAACAGCACUCCGACAUCAACGAAGAGAAACUCGUCUCGUUACCGGAACCACGACUUGACUAAUGACAGGGAACAACCAGUCAGCUGCAUGUUGGACAGAGAUGUGAUGAGACACUUGACGCUAACAGAUUUCUCCAGCUCUGUCUCUCCGUAUCGACUUCCUGUCAUUAAUAACUUUAUGACCCCUGUACCCCCACUGAAGAGGAAGGACAAAGUACAAAAUGGGACCCUGCGGGGUCGAAGGUUACGGCCCACUACGGCCCCCAGUGACGCUCCUGACACAAAGGAGGGUGCUGUUCAGCGGGCGUGGUCUCGGAGUGCGGUUUGGGUGAAAAUGGUGUACUUUGGGAAGAGUGUGCACCUGUCACAUGACCUGAUGGAGCUGAAGGAUGAGGUGAAGGUUUUCCAGCAGCACUGUGGUGGGGAAAAUCUCUGUGUUUAUAAAGGAAGACUUAAAGAAGGAGAGUCAUUUCAGUUUGCAUCUCGGCGUCACCGUGGUUUCCCCUUCAGUCUGACGUUCUACCUGAAUGGGCUGCAGGUCGAGCGUCUCAGCUCCUGUUGCGAGUUCAAACACAGGAAGAGCUCACGGCUCGGAGGACGCCACGCUCACUUCGGCUUCUCUGGGGUUGAAGGAGCUGCCCCUUGCUACAGGUGUAUCAUAGCGAUGGGUCUGGAUAAAAAACCCACUCCACCAAAGAGGACCAGAAAUGAUCCACUUGUCUCCAAAUCCUGGGAAAAUGAGGAAGAAGAGGAAAAACACUCACAGUCUGAAUCCAGCCAAUCACAAGACACUGAGACCAAGGGAAACACCAACCAGGAGCACAAACACAAAAACGGUUAUGAGGAAGACUUUGAGGCUGAUGAUGAAGGUCCCAUGGAUGAUGGAGUGGACGAGGGAAAUGAAAUAUCGCCAUCACUCAGCAGAGAGGAGGAAGAUGAGAGAAGAAAGGAUGAAAACAGAAAUGACAAUUUGAACAGAAAGAAAGUGAGAGGAUCACCAUCCGUCUCCUCUGGUCUGUCCAGAAGCUCGUCCAGCAGUGAGGAAGAUGAAGAACAUAAAGAGGAGGAGGUGAAGCCUAAGAGACACACGCCCACAUUAACAUCCGAAAAAGAUGCAGAGGAGAUGGAAGUCCUGCAGAUGAGCAGCAUGUCUCUGCCCACUGAGGAUGAAAACCAAAACCAGGAGAUGGAACACACAGAGAGGGAAGAUGGAGAAACUGAGGAACCCAGAGAGGAACCUGGAGAAUCUGAAGAACCCAGAAAUGAACCUGGAGAAGCUGAGGAACCCGAAGAUGCACCUGGAGAAAAUGAAGAACCCAGAGAGGAACCUGGAGAAGCUGAGAAUCCCAGAGAGGAACAUGGAGAAGCUGAGAAUCCCAGAGAGGAACAUGGAGAAGCUGAGGAACCCAGAGAGGAACAUGGAGAAUCUGAAAAACCCAGAGAGGAACAUGGAGAAGCUGAGGAACCCAGAGAGGAACCUGGAGAAGCUGAGAAACCAAGAGAGGACCUCAGAGAUGGAACAGCUGGAGAUGUGAAUAAGGAGGGUGACCGAGCCAAGUCUGUGCAGGAGAAGUUAGCAGAAGCCAUUUUAAACAUGACUGAGUGUGUUUCUGAACCUGAACUCAGUGACACCACCACUGAGGAAGACGAGUUGGUGUCGGUCGUGAGCCAGCGGGCUGGACCUGUUCCAGGAGCUGAGCCUGAAAGUAAUGUGGCCCAGCAGACAUCCAGUGAAGAAAAUGGAGCUGAACCUGUGCAAGAGGAUGAAAUAGAAGAAGCACAUACAGAAGAACCAAAAGAGGAACUUGAAAAGGAAACACAUGAAACAUCACAACCUGAGACAAAAACAGAGGAAGAAGAAAAAGACACUCACCAAACAGAAGUAAAAACUCAAAACACAACCAACGAAGAUGAACGUAUACAAGAUGAACAGAACAAUGGUGAUGAUGAGAAUGAAGACCACAAACCAGAAGUAAAGCAAGAUACAAUUGAUGAGGAAGUAGGGCAAAAGCAAAAGGACAAUAAUUUCACAAACGGGGAAAAUAAAUCAAAUGAAAAAUCUGAAACGAUGGAAAAGCCUGAGGAUGAAGAGCCAACGGAUGGAGAAGUGCCUAAAUCUGAGGAAGCAUUUGGGCAAGAACCAGAGAAAGAGGCUACAAGUGAAAAUUCAGUAAAUGCUGAAGAAACCAGAGCAACUCCAGUGGAGGAAGAGGACAACAUGAUCACAGAGAACCCUGAAGAAACAUCUGUGAAUCAUGAAAAUAUGCAUCAGAAUACUGAGGUAGAAAAAGUAAAUGAUGAAUGGCUUAGUGGUGGAGAAGAGGUUUCCGCUGAGGAAGUCAGAGCUGAUGAAGAGGAAAUUUUUGAUGAAGAAUCAAGAAAUCUGAGGAAUAUUUCUGAGGAGACAGGAAAUGACAUCGCAGAAUGUGUUGAAGAAGGCAAAAUGGAAGCUACAGAAUUCAAAUUAAAGGAUUCAUCAGUAAAUGAGGGGAAAGAUGAAGACGUGGCAGGUGAAGACAAGAAAUCAGAAGAAAGAGUGGAGGUAUCUGAGACUCAGGGAGAAAAAGAGCAGAGAGAAGACGGAGAUGAAGUUGAGACAGACGUGAAGGAUGGAAUGGAAGAAACCAAAGACCAGGACCCUCAAGUUAAGGAGGAUGAGAACACAGAGGAAGGAAACAAGGAUGAGGAGAAAACCAAUCAAGAGAUGAAUGAGGAUAGGGCAGACCAAAAAGAACCCACUCCAACAGGUCAAACAUCAGAGGAAAAUGUAGAGGAUGAUGUGGGAGAAAGAGAAGAACAAGAAGAGAACGAGAAGCAAAAAGAUGAGCAGAAGUCUGACAGUGAAGAUAAAGACACAGAGGAUGAUAAACACCAGGAAGAGCUGAAGGAAAAUGAAUCAUUGAAAGAAACUGAGGUUGGAGAAAGUGAGGUAGAGGAUGUGAGUGAAGGUGGAGAAGAAAGGACAGAUGUUGGUGGAGCUGAUGCAGAGAUUUCAAAAAUAGUGAUGGAGCAAGAAGACAACUACAAACAAGAACAGAAAGACAACUUUGAUCCCACUUUUCAUGAAACUCUGCAGGAAACCACAGAUCAACCUGAAGUAAAAUCAGGAGAAAUCGAAGUAGGAAAUGGACAAGAAAUCAUUACUCUAGACCAGGAGGAGCUUGACAAGAAGGAAGAAGCUGGACCAUGGGGAGGUGAGGGAACUUCUGAGACCAAUGAAGAAGAAAUAAAUCAAGAUAUGAUUAAAGAAGGAAGUAUGAAAAAUGAACAGAUAGAUGAUAACAAUGAGAAAGAAGAGGAGGACCAACGAGAAAUACAGCAAGAGACAACCAACGAAGAAGAAGAAGAAGAAGAAGAGCAGAAAGUUGGUGAAGAAGAGAUUGAACAAAAACAAAAUGUACAGCAAGAGACAACCAAUGAAGCAGAAGUAAAAGACAAACAGAAAGAUGAGGUGGAAAACAUUAAACCGCUAAUAUCAGAGAAUAGUAACGAUGCUGCCACUGAGGAUGAAGCUUCACCAGAUGCCAAAAAUCCUGCAGAAGAUCCUGCAGGUGCCGAGACAGAACCCAAAGACACGAAUGUUGACCUUGAUAGUAGAGCUGAAGAAGAGAGCAGAGCAGGAGAUGGCAAUCACAUUCAGUCACCUACUGAUAUUAAAAAGGACAAAAGUGCCGAUACUGCUGAAGAAACCAGGACUGUAGAAGGCAGCACUUCUCCUUCAGAAGAAUCUCAGCCUCUGGAGAAAGUCCUGGCUCUCAAAAGAGAGGAGAGAGAAGCUGAACUUAUUGUCGCUCCUCGGACAGAUCAUGAAGAGCUUGUAAGUAACUGGGUUAACAUUCACCAAGCCUCAAACUAUUUCGAGACAUUUGUUGAGCCGCUGGACGAGAUGAAGAUCCUCGAUGGAGAGAGGACAGUAAACAAUGAAGCUCUGGAUAUAGAUGAAACUAUACUGAGUCCAAAAGAGUCUCAGGGAAAUGAGGAAUCAUCUGAGACUGCCAAGGAUGAGCAGAUCAGCCUGCCAGUGAACAGCGAGCGUGAGGAACUGGAGAACACGGUGGUGGAAAACUUCAUCAUGGAGACUGAAGCUUUAGGAACAGAAGGUCGAAGUAAUCCAUCCUCUAGGAACCCAUCAGAAGAAGAACAGGAUCAAAGACUAUUGGAUUCUGAGCAAACUCCAGAAGAUCAAGAUGAUGUUGCUGUAAAUAACAUCAUGAACAUCUCAGCAACACCACUGAUGAAGACUGAAAUUAGCCAAGAUAGCUAACACUUAUUACAGCAUCAUCUGUAACCCUGAUCUCAGCUUCUCCAACCAUCCUGUGAAAUCAGAGUCAUGACCUGCAGCGAGAACCACAGCUACUCUAGAACCAGUCUGAGUUUACUAAAGCAGAACAUUCUGGAAUUGUGCUUUUAUUAUUUGAACUUUUAACUGUUUUUAAUGUAUCUUCAUCGAGUCUCUCACUAUCUCUCAGCUGGAUCUCAGUCGCCAUCAAAGGGUUUGCUUUUCUCUUUAUCAGCUCACCUGAGGUUCAGCAGAUGGCUGACAGCUCAGCGUCUCUGUACGCUUGAGGAGCAAAAUAUUCAAGCAGAAGGAAAUUUUUCUCUCGCAAACAGCAAGACAAUGAUGAAUGAAUCUAUUUGGAAAUAUAAACAGCAGCAAUAAAUAUUUCAAUAAAUAAUAAUAUUAAUAAUAAAAAAAAAGGCCAAUAAUGCAUCUGUAUAUGAUAUUGAAAUAAAUGUGUUCUGUUAGCUAGCUAGCAUGCAGGCUAAUAAACGCCCUGUAAACAAAAUUAUACAGAUUCCUUCUAUAACCUCGUCAUUUUAUUUUAUUUUACCACCUAAUUAGCAUGCUAGCUACUUCUUUAGGAAAUGGCUUCAUCAGGCCUGUCUUGCUGCUCAGAAUUUAAAGUUAAUAAAGUUUAAUUUAAUUUGAUCAGUAAUCACACCUUUAUAUUCGGUAAAUAAACAGUGUUGUAUUUGUCAAGAAGAAGAAAAUGUGAUGAUAACGAGCAGAUCUGACAUAAGAUUUGACAAUCGUAACACACGGCUGCUUCCAGUUUAUUUACCAACGUGUGUGAGAAAAUAACUCAUAAGUUUAGAAUGUUAUCAUUUAUAAUUUAUAGCUCAUGACAAGUUUACAAGUUUAUUCUCCGCUGCUCCUCUCACCAAACUGAACUGAGGCGGAAAUCAGACACCACUGAACUCUGAUUAAAUUAUUUAUACUGAGUCUGACACACACACGCACACACACACACACACACACACUUCAAAGGGAAACUUCAAUGCCUGCACUUUCAUCUUUGUUAGUUGUUUUGUAUUAGAUGUUAAUUUCUCUCGAUGGCGUGUUAAUGAUUGACACU